GUCAUAGAGAGAAAUAAACAAAAGUGAAAAACAGAAAUAGUUGAUUUUAUUUUAUUUUUUAAAUAAAUCGAUUAAAGACUAUUUCAGUUGAUAAAAUCCUGUUGUUGUCUAUUGUGUUAAGAUUUGUAUAAGUUAGUUUUUACGACGACAUUGUUCAAUAAAGAACAAAUUUUAUUGAUUCAAACAUCAAACGCUAUAAAUUUACUCUAACUUGAUAUAUGCUUACAAAAUUAUUGUGGUGCAUUGAAUUUGACUUUUCUAUCAAAUUUGUAUUGAAUAUUUAUAAGAUUCGUUUCAAGUUAUUUGAUCUGAUAAAGAAAAUUUCUCACUUGAUCAAUUGCUUUUUAAGUUGAGAAUAUGCAGAUCAUGUUGACUCUUAUGAGCUAUGAAUAUUUUGAGAAAAGUUUGGACCUUUAUUUUAUUGCUGCGAAGAUACUGUACUUUCGUCGUAUUAGUUUAUCUCUAUGCUCUAAGCAUCUUCGAAAUAAUUCAGUUUUUUUUUAAUUCUCAACUUGAAACUUUGAACCGAGACAAGUCUUAACUAGAAUAAUUUAUUGUCAAAGUUUCAAUUGUUUUAAUUCGCUCCUGUUCUGAAAUAAGAAAAUGAAAUCCGUCGAUGUAUCUAAGCAAUGUGAAAGACAAACGUUUUACUAUAGUCGAAUCUCCGUAUAGGGUCAACAACAAGAUCUUAAAAUUUUCUCAUAAACUAUUCUCUUUAAGAUCUGUCACGAGGAGUUACAUAAUGCAUAGAAUCCACCCUGAAAAGUGAUUAAUCAGUUGUAGAAUUUCCUUCUUGAAUAUAUUCAUCCUAGUUGUUCUUCGAAAUUUGUGACCAUUGAAAAAAAAAUGUUUUUAAACUACUAAUUAUAAUUUAACUUAAGAUUCUCGAUGAAUUAAUUGGUGGAGCACGUAUGACAUUUACAAUUCGUUUAAAAGUAACUGAAUUUGAUCCAUUAUUAAUUGAUUAUAAAGUUCAAUCAUUACUUUAUAUGUAAUAUUGUGCAUUACGUCAACGUUAUUUUAAAUUAGCUUUAACAAAAUAAAAUGAAACAUCUCAUCGUCUUGAUUUAUGUCAAAAUCCAUUAAUAAAAUCAAUAUAUUGGAAUGAAAUAUAUUCUGAUGUAGAUUUAAAACGUCAUCAAAUCCAAUCAUCAACAUCAACAUUAUCAAGUUUAUUAUCAACAAGUGUUGAAAAAGAAUUUUAAAAAAUCGAAAUUAAAAUUUCUUCAUUAAAAAUCAUUGAUCAACAAACAGCACAAUUAAAUUGAAAUUAUAUAGAAUUAAAUUGACAAUUUUCUCGAAGAAUUAUUGAUUUUUGACUUGCACAACCACAAGAUUAUUAUUAUUAUCAACAAGAUGAAAAAAUUCCACAAGCUAAACAUAAACAAUUAGAAAUCUAUUUAUAUGGAUUAGAAAAUAAUAAUUAUCAAAUUCAACAAGCUGAUUUAUUAAUUUAUCAAUUAUUUUAUAAAUCUAUAAAUAUAUUAAAAGAAAAUAUUGAAAAACAACAAACUCAUUUACAAAAUCUUUCAACAUCUCUUCGUAUAGCAAAAGAAAAUAUUCUUACUCGUCAUUAUAAUCAAUUAGCAACUAUAUCUCAUGAUUAUUUACGUCGAUAUGAAAAUAAUCAAGAUGAAAAUAAUUUAUUAACAAAUUUAUUUAAUCGUGAUCAUGGAAAUAAAAUAGCUGAAUUAAUUCUUAAAUCUCUUUUAUUAUCAAUCAAAUAUCGUUCAAAUCAAGGUGUUAAACGUUUUUCACCUUUAUUACA